AGGAACCUCCAUGCAUGUAUGUACUUUUGCAUUAAAUAUCACUAAAAAUUCGCAAAACUUUGCUGCUAGCUGCUAGAAGCAAUCCAAUUUUGGCCACCAAAACCCUCUAAACUUUGGAAAACCAUAGCACAAGCAACUUCCUUCUUAAUCUCUUUACGUAUAUAUAAGACCAUCCAUCCAUCCAGGCCUCUUCCUCCUUGCACGCUGAUGCUGCUGUAUGUUCGUUUGCACUGCUGAUAGAUCAGAAACAAUAUUCAUUCAUUCAUUCAUUAAUGGCCCACAAGAGUCGAUUUGUGGCGGAGAUCGAGAAGCCCAAGGAGGCCGCCGACGGCCGCCCCUCCGUCGGACCAGUUUACCGCAACGUGCUCGCCAAGGACGGUUUCCGGCCACUGCCCGCUGGAAUUCAGAGCUGUUGGGAUGUUUUCCGCGUGUCUGUUGAGAAAUACCCUGAAAACCCUAUGCUCGGUGAGCGUGAAAUGGUUAACGGGAAGUUUUUGCAGGCUGGUAAAUAUGUGUGGCUAACUUACAAGGAUGUCUAUGAUAUAGUAGUAAAGGUUGGAGCUUCUAUCUGGAGUUGCGGUGUUAAGCAAGGUGCAAGAUGUGGAAUCUAUGGUGCCAACUGCUCCAAGUGGGUUAUAACAAUGCAGGCUUGCAAUGCUAAUGGACUUUACUGUGUUCCCUUAUAUGAUUCUCUAGGUGCUGGAGCUGUGGAAUAUAUCAUUUGUCAUGCAGAAAUUUCAAUUACCUUUGUGGAAGAAGCUAAAAUUCCUGAGGUCUUGAAAACGCUUCCUGCUACCAUGAAAUAUCUGAAAACUCUUGUGAGUUUCGGCAGCGUAGCUGCUGAACAAAAGAAGGCAGCUGAAAAGUUUGGUCUGGCAUUAUAUUCUUGGGAUCAGUUUCUGCAGUUGGGAAAGCAUGAAAACUUUGUUCUCCCAAUGAAGAAGAAAGAAGAUCUAUGUACAAUAAUGUAUACCAGUGGAACAACUGGUGAUCCAAAGGGAGUAAUGAUAUCUAAUGAGAGCAUCCUCUCAAUUCUAUCUGGGGUAAAUCACUCUCUAGAGAGCAUGAAUGAGGAGUUCAGUGAGAGGGAUGUAUAUUUCUCAUUUCUUCCUCUGGCACAUAUAUUUGAUCGAGUUAUAGAGGAACUGUUUAUUUGCACUGGUGCCUCAAUAGGAUUUUGGCAUGGGGAUGUCAAAGUACUGAUUGAGGAUAUCAGAGAACUAAAACCAACCGUUUUCUGUGCUGUGCCACGUGUUUUAGAUAGGAUAUAUUCAGGUCUGAUAGAGAAGACUUCUUCCACAGGUUUUGUCAAAAAUGCAAUUUUUAACCUUGCAUACUCAUACAAACUGCGAAACAUGAACAAAGGCUACAAACAUGUGGAGGCAGCUCCAACUUUUGACAAGAUCGUGUUUAGUAAGGUGAAGGAAGGCCUGGGAGGAAAUGUGCGUCUCAUUCUGUCUGGUGCAGCACCUCUUGCUACCCAUGUUGAAACCUUUCUAAGGGUGGUCUCAUGUGCUCAUGUUUUACAAGGAUAUGGUUUGACAGAAACCUGUGCGGGAUCAUUUGUUGCACGACCAGAUGAACUAUCAAUGAUCGGUACAGUCGGUCCUCCAUUGCCAAAUGUGGACGUUUGUCUAGAAUCUGUUCCUGAAAUGGGAUAUGAUGCCUUAUCAAGCACCCCCCGUGGUGAAAUAUGUAUACGGGGAAGCAUUCUGUUCUCAGGAUACUACAAACGGGAGGACCUCACUAAAGAGGUGAUGGUUGAUGGAUGGUUCCACACAGGUGAUAUUGGUGAAUGGCAACAAGAUGGAAGCAUGAAAAUUAUUGACCGUAAGAAAAACAUUUUCAAACUUUCACAAGGAGAAUAUGUCUCAGUUGAGAAUCUGGAGAGUAUUUAUUCUCUCAUGUCUGGUAUUGACUCGAUAUGGAUCUAUGGGAACAGUUAUGAGUCCUUCCUGGUUGCUGUUGUGAAUCCAAAUAAGCAAUUUAUGGAAUGCUGGGCUGAAGAGAAGGGCACGGCUCGCGACUUUAGUACUAUCUGCAAGAAUCCUAAGGCGGAGAGAUACAUUCUGGAUGAACUUGCCAAGACUGGAAAAGAAAAGAAGUUAAAAGGUUUUGAGUUGGUUAAAGCGGUCUACCUUGACCCUAUACCAUUUGACAUGGAUCGCGGUCUUCUCACCCCAACUUUCAAGAAGAAGAGGGCCCAAUUUCUCAAAUACUAUCAGGAUGCCGUUGACAACAUGUACAAAAGCACCAAAGCAGCAAUGUGACAUGGAGCAGAAGCCUUCAAGCACCAGAGGAAGUGUUUAUUAACUGGUGGUCCUCAAAAGUCUCUUGAUAAGGAUACCAAGUUCAGUUGUAAUAUUCUUUUGGGAUUUCUACUUCAUAUUUUAACGAUCAAUUUAGAUGGUGAAAACAAUCAAAAUGCUAUGCGCAAGAGAUUCUGCAAAAUGUUCAUU